AUGGCAGCACCAAUACGAAGCUCUCUGCCGAGCAGAAGCCUAGCUGCUGCCACAGAACUAGCAACAGACACACGGCCUUUGUUGCAACACAUCCCUCGCACGGCCAUUCCUGGCACCUCUCGACACCUCCAAACCACCACUCGACCAACUCUUCGCACUCAUAACCGCAGGCCAGUUCUGCUCUUACCUUUCGGUGCAGGCCAUAGACUCUUCUCAACGACGACUCUCUGCCUUGGAGCAGCAGAAAAACAAGCCUGCCACCAUUCAUCUCGUCCAAUCCUCUCCUCACUCCCCGACAAAGUCGACGUAAAUGUAGGCCCCGCCGGUCGCCUCUCCAAAGUAAUGCAACCUCGUCGAGGAUGCAAAAUCACAACCCGCGUCGGAUCCAGCUAUGCCGGUACACACACUUUCUCCUGGAUCUCUCCCCCCUCUAAUGUCCUUAUCGUCAAAAAAGCUCGUGAUACACGCGCAACAAAAGCUAUGUCCCGCAUCAUCUCCCACAUUCGACAAAGCUAUCCUUCGCUCAACAUCAUCCUGGAACGCUCUGUCAUCGAUUCCAACGAUGGUCACCUCGCUUCAACCUAUCCGGAACUCAUAGCGGCGGAUCCGAGCGAGAAGGAAUUGCUAGCGCAAAAGACGGAUUUUGUGAUCACGUUGGGCGGGGAUGGAUCGAUAUUACAUGUCUCGAGUCUGUUCGAUAGAGAUGCAGUUCCACCAGUCCUAAGUUUCUCGAUGGGAACGUUGGGGUUCUUGCUUCCCUACGAUAUCAGUUCGUACAGAGAGGCGGUGAAGGAUACGGUAGAGGGGAACAUAAGCUUGUUGCUCAGGAUGAGGUUGAGACAGACGAGUCAUAGGGCUGGAGGGGAGGCCUUUUGUCAAAUCCAAGACAAGAUGGAAGGUGGUGGAUGCUACGAUGUUCAUCUCAUGAACGAAGUUACGUUGCAUAGAGGCCGAGAGCCGCAUAUGACCAAAAUCGAUGCGUUUGUCGAUAGACAGCAUCUAACGCAAGCGAUAUCGGAUGGAUUAAUCAUUGCAACUCCAACAGGGUCGACGGCAUAUUCGCUUUCGGCGGGUGGACCGAUCGUGCAUCCAAGCGUACAAUGUUUGGUCUUAACACCGAUCUGUCCGAGGAGUUUGAGCUUUAGGACGGUCUUGUUGCCGAGUGAUUCGGUUGUUCAGCUCAAAAUAUCGGAAGACUCGCGUUCACCAGCCGAAUUAACCGUAGACGGUCGAGUGAGCAAACUCUUACAACCCGGAGAAUACCUUGAGGUCUCAAUGAGUCCUUUUCCUAUCCCUUGUGUCAGUCGUAAGGCUUCUUCUGAUCACUCGAGCUCGCCUUCGCUUACCACGAGUCCGGCGGCGGGCGGGGGGAUUGGAGAAAAAAUCUCGGACAGGGAGCAAGAUGACUGGGUACGAGAUAUCAAUACGUUGCUCAAGUUCAAUGCUAGUUUUGGAGGCAGAGGGACGCUGAGCGGUAAUGGCGGGUUUGAGGAGGAAGAUUAG